AUGGUCUACGUAAUCACCGUCCACCUGCACGCCAACGACCACCCGGACAGCGUCGACAAGAUCAAGGCCAAGCUGAUCGAGGCGUCGCGCGUCUACUCCAAGGACAAGGAGACCCUCAGCUGGUUCGUCAUGCAGUCCACCUCGGACCCCAGGGACUUCACCAUCGUUGAGCGCUACGAGAAGGAGAGCAGCCAGAAGUAUCACCUCGAGAACCCAUACUGGAAGACUUUUGACCCCUACGUCAUCCCCCUCCUCGACCGGCCCAUGGACCUGCGACGCGCUGAGGAGCUCGACACCAGCAAGGACGUCGUUGUGCCUGUUUAG